CAAGAGCUUGCGCAACAUCGCGGCCGGCAGGGACCCCCUGGAGGGCCAGCGGCACUGCUGCGGCAUCGCCCAGAUGCAUGAGCACAGCUCCCUGGGCCAUGCCGACCUGGACGCCCUGCAGCAGAACCCCCAGGCUCUCGUCUUCGACAUCGAGAUGCUUAAGGUGGAGGGCCCUGGCACAUACCAGCAGGACCCGUGGGCAAUGACGGAUGAGGAGAAGGCAAAGGCGGUGCCGGUCAUCCACCAGGAGGGCAACCGCUUGUACCGUGAGGGUCACGUGAAGGAGGCCGCUGCCAAGUACUACGACGCCAUCGCCUGCCUCAAGAACCUGCAGAUGAAGGAACAGCCUGGGUCCCCGGACUGGAUCGAGCUGGAUCAGCAGAUCACGCCGCUGCUGCUCAACUACUGUCAGUGCAAGCUGGUGGCCCAAGAGUACUAUGAAGUGCUGGACCACUGCUCCUCCAUCCUCAACAAGUAUGAUGGUGAGCAGUGGGCACUGGGCUGCCGGGUGGGCAGGGGUCAGAUGAGCGGCCUCCUCCUCCCUCGCACCACUGGGCACUAGGGUGCAAAGACUGAGCCUUUGCCAUCACCCCCAUUCUGAACUCCCCACUCCGUCAGCUAUCCCCCCCAGGCAGGGCCGUGGGCCUCAUUGUGCCAAUGAGGAUGAGUGGGGAAUGGGAGGCUGUCCCAUGAUGGCCCCCAUGGUGCAGAAGGCAUACUGGGCAGCUAGCUGGUCCCCCUCAUGCCUUGCAUGCCUGCUGCCUGCUGCCACCCCC